CCCUCCUCGCCAGCCUCCUCCUCACCUGAGCGGCCGGGAAAAGGAGGCAAGAGGCGCCGCCCCUCCGGAGGCCAUCGCCGCCGCCUUGAGCCCGGCCCUGGGGGCGGCGGCGAGGGCCAGAAGCCAUGGCCAGGGCUCCGGGCGCCUGAGCAGACCAAGAGGAGAGGGAGGAGGAGGGAGAGGAGAAGCCGCAGAGGCCUGGACAAGCGGGCGUCGGGCGCCUGGGAAAAAGGGUCCACAAAAUGUCCUCCACCCGCACGCCGCUGCCCACCGUCAACGAGAGGGACGCCGAGAACCACACUUCUGUUGAUGGGUAUACUGAGCCCCAUGUACAGCCCACGAAAUCAAGUAGCAGACAGAACAUACCUCGUUGCAGAAACUCAGUGACAUCAACAAACGAAGACCAUCCUCACAUUGGGAAUUAUCGCUUGUUAAAAACAAUAGGAAAAGGAAACUUUGCUAAAGUAAAGCUUGCUAGGCAUGUUCUAACAGGUAGAGAGGUUGCUGUGAAAAUAAUAGACAAAACACAGCUAAAUCCUACUAGCCUUCAAAAGCUGUUCCGAGAAGUACGAAUAAUGAAGAUAUUGAACCAUCCUAAUAUUGUUAAAUUAUUUGAAGUUAUUGAAACAGAGAAAACCCUAUACUUAAUAAUGGAAUAUGCCAGUGGAGGAGAAGUUUUUGAUUACUUGGUUGCACAUGGAAGAAUGAAAGAGAAAGAAGCACGUGCAAAAUUUAGGCAGAUAGUGUCUGCGGUGCAGUAUUGUCAUCAGAAAUGUAUUGUUCACCGGGAUCUCAAGGCUGAAAACCUUCUUCUUGAUGGAGACAUGAACAUUAAAAUUGCAGAUUUUGGGUUUAGCAAUGAAUUUACUAUUGGCAACAAACUGGAUACUUUUUGUGGAAGCCCUCCAUAUGCUGCCCCUGAGCUCUUUCAAGGAAAGAAAUAUGAUGGCCCCGAAGUGGAUGUUUGGAGUCUAGGAGUUAUUCUGUACACUCUAGUCAGUGGAUCAUUGCCCUUUGAUGGGCAAAAUUUAAAGGAACUGAGAGAACGAGUAUUACGAGGGAAGUACCGGAUACCAUUCUAUAUGUCUACAGACUGUGAAAAUCUACUGAAAAAACUACUUGUAUUGAAUCCAGUCAAGAGAGGGAGUUUAGAACAAAUAAUGAAGGACCGAUGGAUGAAUGUUGGUCACGAAGAAGAAGAAUUAAAGCCAUAUACUGAGCCAGAACCAGAUUUUAAUGACACCAAAAGAAUAGAUAUUAUGGUCACUAUGGGUUUUGCAAGAGAAGAAAUUCAUGACUCUUUAGUAAACCAAAAAUAUGAUGAAGUAAUGGCUACUUACCUGCUCCUAGGCAGAAAACCACCUGAGUUCGAGGGAAGUGAGUCUCUGUCCAGUACUAACCUGAGUCAAAGAUCUCGACCCAGCAGUGACCUCAACAACAGUUCUAUGCAAUCUCCUGCUCAUCUGAAAGUCCAGCGGAGCAUAUCAGCCAAUCAGAAACAGCGUCGGUUCAGUGAACAUGGUGGGGAUGGCAUUCAACCAAUUGGCCCAUCAAUCCCUCCUGCUGUUUCAUACUCAAAAAGAGCGCAGGCAAAUAGUGUGGAGAGUGAACAUAAAGAGGAAUGGGACAAAGAUGUACCACGUAAACUGAGCAGCACUACAGUUGGGUCCAAAGGUGAGAUGACAGCAAGUCCAUUGGUGGGCCCCGAAAGGAAAAAAUCAACUACUGUUCCAAGUAAUAAUGUGUUUUCUGGGACUAGCAUGACAAGAAGAAACACCUACGUCUGUGAACGGUCUACAGAUCGCUAUUCCGCCAUUCAGAAUGGGAAAGAUAACAGCCUAACAGAAAUGUCUGCAAGCAGUACUUCUUCUGCCGGCUCUGCUGUAUCCUCUGCAGUAUCAACACGGCCUCGACACCAGAAGUCCAUGUCUGCCUCUGGUCAUCCUAUAAAAGUUACGCUGCCAACUAUCAAAGAUGGCACUGAAGCUUAUCGACCAAGCAGUACAACUCAAAGAGCACCUGCUGCUUCCCCAUCUGCUCACAGUAUUAGCACUACCACUCCAGACCGAACCCGCUUUCCUCGGGGGAGUUCAAGCCGAAGCACUUUCCAUGGUGAGCAGCUACGGGAGCGGCGGAAUGCCACUUACAAUGGGCCACCUGCAUCACCGUCACAUGAAACAGGCACGUUUGCUCAGAGUAGAAGGGGGACAUCAACCGGCAUUAUAAGCAAAAUAACUUCCAAAUUUGUUCGCAGGGAUCCCAGUGAAGGCGAAGCCAGUGGCAGAACCGACACCUCAAGGAGUGCUUCCGGGGAUCCGAGAGAGAGAGAGAAAGAGGACGGCAAAGAUUCUAAGCCACGGUCUUUGAGAUUCACCUGGAGCAUGAAGACGACAAGUUCCAUGGACCCAAAUGAUAUGAUGAGAGAGAUUCGAAAAGUGUUAGAUGCGAAUAACUGUGACUAUGAACAAAAAGAGAGAUUCCUGCUCUUCUGCGUUCAUGGUGAUGCGCGGCAGGACAGUCUCGUCCAGUGGGAGAUGGAGGUCUGUAAAUUGCCGCGCCUGUCGCUCAAUGGAGUCCGCUUCAAGCGAAUAUCUGGGACUUCAAUUGCCUUUAAAAACAUUGCAUCCAAAAUCGCAAACGAGCUUAAGCUGUAAAGAGCAACGGCACUUCUGGGAUCAGGGAAGAUUCAGCUUACAUUUUGAAUGUACUGGUUAUGCCUAACAUGAUUGGCCUAUGAAACCCCCCCAUGUAGAAAUUGUCCCUGUUGCAAUAAGGUUAUACAUAGUUAUUCUGAAUUGUAAAAUUUAAUUCAGUAUGACCUACCUUAAAAGAAAAAAAUACUGUAGCUAAAAAAGUUAUGCUCACAUGUACAGGUAAGUAUAUAGAGCGUUCUUUUUUGUUUUCUGUCCAUAGAAUUGUAUAAAAAGAAGGCUUAAAUACAGAUCUUGUAUAGUUAUCUAAACAUCAGCACAGAAGUGUGUUUGCUUUGAGUUGAAAAAUUCUUCCUGGUCAUUAUUUCCAUUUUUGUGGUUUUUAUCAUUCUUACUUCUUUUCAUGCAUUUUUUUAAAAAAGAUGUCCAUAGUAGAAAUACACAAAAAAGGUUUUCACAAUUGUAGCAUGAACAAUUUUAGUUAUUCUAAAACAAAUCAUAUAUUGAAAACAAAUUAAUAAAAAACAGGUUGGCUUUUGUUGGACACCAAAUUCUUCCUUGUUCCCUUUCACUCUUGUGCUCCUUUCAUAGAACAGUGUUUAACUGAAUAUAUAUAUACAAACAUGUUUACAGUGUUGGCGCUUACAGUGAGGAAGAGAGGGUUCUGAGUGUGUUUAGUCCCUGGCCCCUGGAACAUAACAUGUUGGGGAACUGAAAACCCAUUUUGAUCACAUUUUAGUUGCAAAUUUAAGUUUUGCUCUUGUGUGCACGUGGUCAAAUGUCGCAACAGAAGUACAGUUCAUAUGCAUUCAUCAUAGUGUGAAGUAUUCUUAUUUUCUGCCUUCAAAAGAGUACAAAUCCCAUUUUAUGAAAAUAUAUCUUUGUAUUGAGACUGUUUCAUAGCACAAGGUAUUCUGAAAUGUUGACCAAUUGUAAGAGCUAAUAUUUGCCACCUCAGGAAUUAACUGGUUUUUGGAAUAUUUUCCCCUACCCCAAGAGUACAUGCAGUUUCAUAUACUUUACAGCUGAGCAUACAUUGUUUGUAACAACAGAUCAUUACUUCUGUGAUUGUACAAUUUUUGUUCCCAUAUAACUUGUCUGUUUUUAAUAUUUUGCCCACUUUCUUGUAUUUAUUCCACAUCUUUAUGCCUGUAAUGUGAAGCUGUGUAUAGGCUUUGGCCUAUGGAAGAAGAAGAAGAAAAAAUCCUUCAUAAUUAGUGAUAUAAAUUCUGUAAAACCACUAGUACUUGGUACAUUUUAAUAUUUGUCAUUUUGUACUGAAUUAAUCAUAGCGGUUGGUUGUGCAAUGUUAUUUAAUGUCGUAAUUACUGUAAUUUCAACAUAUGGGCCCCAUCUGCACACUCCUGUAAAGAUUAGAAAAGUCAUUCAAAAUUGUCACUUUAUUAAAAACAAAAAUAUAAAAAAAGAAGCUGUGGUAAACUCUGUAACCCGAAAUUAGAAGGCUGUAAGUGUAGCUAAAUGUGCCAUUGGAGAAUGGCUUUCUGACAGAUGGACUUGACAUGCUGUACUGUACUGUGAUGUAGAUCUCUCUUCUGUAACAGUUCUGUUCUGAAAUGAACGUGUAUUGUUGCCUUAGGAAAAAAAAAGGAUGGUGUUUUGGCAAGAAAGAACUGCACCCCUCUUUAUCUGGUGUUCCUUUAAAAAAAUAUUUUUUGACGCAAGUCAUCCUAAUUCACAUUCACUGGUGCACUCUAUUAAAAACUUACUUGAACAGUA